AUGGCGGUGGUCGAGAGUGGUCCCACAUGGCUGGCGACGGGCAGCAGGCGGCAAGCACCGCAGGAACGGGUGCCGCAGCAACAGCGGGAAAUCGCCAGCGAGAGCGGCACGCGCACGGCUGCUGGCGCAGCAGGUGUAGGCAGCGCAGGCGCGGGUAGCGCAGAAGCAGCAGCAACGGCCGCGGCAGUGAGCGAGAGCAGCGCACAUGCUGAUACUG